GCUCGGCUCGCCGCCGCGCGCUGCUCGGGGCAUGCAUACACGCACGCGGGCGCGCGCGCGCGCGCGCGCACACACACACAUAAGAGGCGCGCGGAGCCGCGGUCGCGCAGCAGUGUCGCGUAGUGCGGCCAGCUAGUGUGCAGGCAGUGCUCGGUCGGUUCGCCCACUCAGCCAGGCAGCAUCUCUCGCGGCAGCGCGCGUGUGAGUGCGCGUGCACGACGACAGCGAGCAGCAGCGACUCGGGCCCCCUCCCCUCGCCGCCGACGCGCACACGCACCCGUCCGCCAGUGCAGCAGCUCGCGCCGAAGUGCGGAUGGACGGGCCCGAGUGCCGGCUGAUCAGCGACGCCUGCGUGUCUAUGCGCGUGUGCUUCGACUCGUUGUGCUUCUCGUCGCCGCAGCAGCGGCUCGCCGACGAGGACGAGGAGCAGCAGCAGCAGCAGCAGCAGCAGCAGCAGCAGCACGCCCAGGCCAUGCAGCAGCAACUGGUGAUGGCUCAGCAGCAGCAGCAGCAGCAGCAACAGCAGCAGCAAGGCGGGGUUGCCGAGCUGCAGGAGCUGCUGCGGCUCAGGGACGAGCGCAUCGCCGAGCUGGAUGCCCAGCUGCGUCAGCGCGACGCCGAGAUCGUAGAGCUGCGCAGCCACCUCGACAAGUUUCUGAGCGUGCUGCCCUUCAAGUCGCCCCUCGCGCCCACGAAGCUGCGCCCGAGGAAGCAUCGCGCGCAGGGCAUCUCGGCCGAGCCGCCCAGGCAGGAGCUCGCCCCGCUCGUGCAGGUCGACAAGAGCGACAGGUCACGGGAACUGAUAAAAGCUGCUAUUUUGGAUAAUGAUUUCAUGAAGAACUUGGAACUUACGCAAAUUCGAGAAAUCGUCGACUGCAUGUAUCCUGUCACUUUCCCCGCAGGUUCUAUCAUUAUUCGCGAAGGAGAUGUCGGCUCAAUUGUUUUUGUCAUGGAAGAGGGAAAGGUGGAGGUGUCGAGGGACGGCAAAUACUUGAGCACGCUGGCACCCGGUAAAGUGUUGGGCGAGCUGGCGAUACUUUAUAACUGCAAGAGAACUGCCACGAUAACCGCGGCAACUGAUUGCCAGCUAUGGGCCAUCGACCGGCAGUGUUUCCAAACCAUCAUGAUGAGAACUGGCCUAACGAGACAGGCCGAGUACACCGAUUUCCUCAAGAGCGUUCCAAUUUUCAAAGAUUUACCCGAGGAGACUCUAAUAAAAAUUUCGGACGUAUUGGAAGAGACUUUCUACAACAAUGGCGACUAUAUUGUCAGGCAAGGCGCGAGAGGAGAUACAUUCUUCAUCAUUAGCCGAGGCCAGGUGAAAGUGACCAUCAAGCAACCCGACACUACGGACGAAAAGUACAUAAGGACCUUGAACAAGGGCGACUUUUUCGGCGAGAAGGCUCUUCAAGGCGACGACCUGAGGACGGCAAAUAUCAUAGCGGACGAUCCGGACGGAGUGAGCUGUUUGGUGAUCGAUCGCGAAACUUUCAACCAGCUGAUAUCCUCGCUGGACGAGAUCCGAAUGCGCUACAAGGAUGAACUAAUAGAACGCAGAAGGUUGAACGAGGAGUUCCGAGAGCUGCGUCUGCAAGAUCUGCGCUCGCUGGCGACGCUGGGCGUGGGUGGGUUCGGGCGCGUCGAGCUCGUGCAGAUAGCCGGCGACAACAGCCGCUCGUUUGCCCUCAAACAAAUGAAGAAGGCCCAGAUCGUGGAGACCCGGCAGCAGCAGCACAUCAUGUCCGAGAAGCGGAUAAUGGGCGAGGCCGACUGCGAUUUCAUCGUCAAGCUGUUCAAGACCUUCAAGGAUCGCAAGUACCUCUACAUGCUGAUGGAGGCGUGCUUGGGCGGCGAGCUGUGGACUGUGCUGCGCGACAAGGCAUAUUUCGACGACUCGACCACUAGAUUUUACACGGCUUGCGUCGUCGAAGCCUUCGACUACUUGCACUCGAGGAACAUCAUCUACAGGGAUCUCAAGCCCGAGAAUUUACUGCUGGAUAGUCAAGGGUACGUGAAGCUGGUGGACUUUGGUUUUGCCAAGAGACUGGAUAACGGAAGGAAGACGUGGACGUUCUGCGGCACUCCGGAGUACGUAGCGCCGGAAGUGAUUCUCAAUAGAGGUCACGACAUAAGUGCCGACUACUGGUCGUUGGGCGUGCUAAUGUUCGAGCUGCUCACUGGAACGCCACCGUUCACCGGGGCUGAUCCGAUGAAAACGUACAAUAUCAUCCUCAAAGGAAUCGAUGCGAUCGAGUUCCCUCGGAUAAUAACGCGCAACGCCACCGUUCUCAUCAAGAAACUCUGCAGGGACAACCCUGCCGAGCGUUUGGGUUACCAAAAAGGAGGAAUCAGCGAGAUUCAAAAGCACAAAUGGUUCGAUGGCUUCAAUUGGGAAGGCUUGAGGUCGAGGACUUUGAAGCCGCCAAUAAUGCCAAAAGUAGUGAGUCCUAUGGAUACGACAAACUUUGAUGAAUAUCCUCCGGAUGCAGAUCCACCACCACCAGAUGACAUAUCCGGAUGGGACAAUGACUUUUAACAAGAGCGGGUGCUGACGGCAGGAAGAAAACAAACAACAGCCUCACGGCUCUCUAAAAACCAUAUUUUUUUAUAUUCGUCUCCAGCGCAUCCGCGGGACGGACAAAGAAUAUUUUUGUAAUUGACGACUGUUGGCCUCUGGAAUAAGGUUCGGCAGUUUUUGCUAGACUCGCGCGUUAUUGAUACGUCUUGAAACAUCGAACCAAAACCUCCUCAUUUUUGAUACGUGGUUUAUGUUCAAGAGAUCUCUUAAUGAGGAUUUUUGGGACCAUGUUGUUGUUCGCUAUCGUUGGUUAUUUCUAGGAACAAAUUAUUCAAUUUUACACUAAACACGUUCACGCUGCGCAUGAUGCUGAUGCGCGUUUCAGUCUUUUUAUAGGAUACGAUCUGUAUGCCUAUAUCUAUGCGACAGGCUGUUCAUUGCUGUGGAAUAUUACAAAAAGUCUGUAUCUCACUGAAAAGUUAUAAAACAUUGUUGAUAAUUUGUUGUUUUGGAAAGAAAAUUUACAUCGAUAGAUCAAUGUCUACAAGACCUUCUUUGUACAUUCGUACUUUUAAUUCUGCGCGUUAUUGUUCAAGUCAUGUUGUAAGAGUGGUAGUCCUGAUGUUAGUGUCUGAACGGAAAAAAAAACAAUUGAUUUUUAAUAAUAUUGCGAGACGUAUGCCAGUGUGCAAAGUGCCAUUACUGUACACACGUUUUGUAAAUCAAAGAUGCAAUUUGACGCGCGUACACGUAAGAUAGAAACGGCUUUAAAACACAAUUCUCUUGCCAUUCGUGUUGCAAUUCACUAUAAACUUGUCAAAAUACGAUCAUGAUUGAGCAAUUUUGCUCCGUACAUAGAUCGUUUCAUUUAAUAUUGUUGUUUGAUUCGUUUUAUAGUUUAUUACGAUAAUUCUAUUUUAAAUCUUUUACAAAAUUACGAAUCAUGUAAAUAAUUUUUAAAAUUAUGCAAAAAUAAGACAUCUAAUAAAUAUCAUUAUUGAAAUAAAUUU